AUGCCCUUUGCCCUGGCCUCCGCCGGCCUGACACUGCUGUACGAGAUGUGCCUGGGGGAGGGCAGGCGGAAGGGGUGGUUCGGCGGGGAUGGCGGGCCCCUGGGGCGGACCCCCGUGCCGUACCCCUUUCAGAUAUUCGCCUUCAUGGUGGGCUUCAUCCUCGUGUUCAGGAGCACCUUUGCCUACCGGCGCUUCUGGGAAGGCAGGACCAGCCUGGCGGUCAUGGAGGCUAUGUUCCUUGAGACGGUCACCCUGGUAAUGAAUUUUGAUUGUGGGACGCUGCCUGCUGACAUCAGCGAGGACGCUGCACUGGCACACGCCAGAUUCAGUGACGCCUUCCUCCACUACAUAAGCCUCCUGCAUGCAGUCGCACUGCAAAGCCUGCGACAGGACUAUGACAUGUCAAACCUGCGCGCCCACGUGGACAUGAUGGAUCCUCCUCCUUUCGAUGCCGCUGACUUGUGGAAAGCGCACGUGCAGAAGCGGAAGUCCGAGGACAGUGGGGAGCCAAUGCGUUUCAAAGCACGUUUCCGUUUCUGGGACCUCAUCUUCCUGAGGUCCAGCCAGCUGGUGCGGCUGGCAUACAAUGAGCUGAUGCCUCUCACCGUCAUCGGUGGCGUUGGUGAAGACGAGAAGGUCCUGCUGGGCCACCUGCCGUUCGAGCAUGGGGCGGGGGUGUCCAAAGGCUUCAAGAUCAGUUCUGGCGAGUACGUACCGGGCCCCGGGGAGCGCGUGGCAGUCGUCCUGGCGUGGGUCAACCAGAUACUGCUGGAUCGCCGGCGCGAGGGCGGCAUCAACGUCCCCGGGCCCCUCAUGACCCGCGUGUAUGGGGUGCUGUCCAGCGGCAUGCUGGGAUAUGAGCAGGCCAGGAAGCUGCAGGACACGCCCUUCCCCUUCCCCCUGGCCCAGUUCAGCACCACCGUCCUGCUGACCUUCGGCCUGGCCCUCCCGCUGGUCUCCGCGGCCGCCAUCGCCCAACCCGCGCUCGCCGCCGCUACCUCCUUCGCCUCCGUCCUCACGCACUACGCCCUCAACGAGCUGGCACGGGACCUCGAGGAUCCCUUCAUCUACGACCCCAACGACCUGCCCCUGGCGGCCUUCCAGUGGAAGUUCAACCAGAAGCUGCUGGCGCUGAGUCAGACCAGGCGGCCGCUGGCCCCGACGGAGAGGCGCCUGGUGCGGCUGAGGAGCCUGCGGAGGGAGAGCGCGGCGGGGGGGGUGGCGUCGGGGCGGUCGAGCGACCGGUCGGCGCUGUCGCCGGGGGAGGCAGGAGGGAGGCGAAUCGGCGGCACGUCCUACAUUUUGGACGACGUGCUGAGCCUCCCCACCGACGACGAGACCCCUUCACCGCCCUCUACCGUCUCCUCCACCCGCCACCGAUCCUCGUCCCUCGGAUCCGUCGAAUUGACCACCUGGCGGCCUGGCUUCGGUCGGCCGCUCUCUGCGGUGCCCGAGGCGGAGACUGAAUCCGGGGAGGAGACGGGGCGCCCAGACGCGUUCCGUCCGGUGUCCCCCAUCACCAUCCAAAUCCAGGAAAUAAGACGAGAAGUGGAGCCGAGGGGGUCGACGACGAGCUUCGGUUCGUCGGACAUCGACGGCAGCCGGCCGUCCGACGGCGCGAAUUCGCCUACGAGCGCCGCCUCGUCGCCCGACGAGACUUCUCCGACGGAAGAUGCGACGAGGAUACGAAGAGCACGCGAAGAAUAUACCGGACGAUUCGCCCAGGAUGCGGCCAGUCCACGAAGAAUGCAUGGAGAAUAUGUAGUCGUCGGGUCGCCCGCCAACGAUUUUUCCUCAAAGGACGGCGCCACUCCCGGCAGCGCCCGGUCGUCGACGAACUUCGGCUCGUCGAUCAGCGGCUCUUCUUGGGACGACUGUUCGUCGGUGGUCAGUGGCCUUCCGUCGACCGUCGCCUCGUCGCCCACCUCGGGGUCGACGGCCGAGGGGCCGCCUCGGCUCGUCCGUUCGUGGCCACGGCACUCCCGUGGGGAGAGCUCUUGA